CUUACAUGUAUGCUGCAUAGGCCUAUGGACUAUAUAGUACACUAGAAGAAUGGAGCUUAGGGAAGAGUCAGCCAGCCAUUAGCGGCAAACCAAAGCAAGUUUCCAUGACUCAAGCUAUAUUCUUCCGAGCUAUGCUCUACAUGGCGCUCCUCGCCACCGUCCUGUCCGGCGCCUCGCCGCCGACAGCGGCGGCGGCCUCGCGGCGCAACUGCCCCGACAAGUGUGGGAACGUAACAGUUCCCUACCCGUUCGGCAUCGGCACCGGCUGUUCGCUGCCCAACUUCCGCCUCGAUUGCAAGGAGGGGGUACUGCUCAGGGGCAACAUCAGAGUCGACAACAUAACGUUGGAGCCGGCGCAGAUGGUCGCCUACCUCAUAUUAACAUACAAGUGCGUCGCGCCGGCCGGUGCCAACCCACGGACACAGGACAUGAACUUCAACUUGACCGGUGGCCCGUUCCUUAUCUCCCAGGAGGAGAACGUUUUCACGGCCAUCGGCUGCAGUUUGGUGGCCAGGCUCAGGGGCCGAACCACCGACUCCACCGACUCCACCGACCACUACCUCACGGGCUGCAUCACGACUUGCACCAGCGUCAACCUGAACGAUACCACCAAAGAUGGUGCUCCGUGCAGUGGCCAAGGCUGCUGCCAAACCUCUAUAGCUGCCGGCCUCACCCAUGUAUCAUCACGCUGGAACCAGGAUGAGAAGGCCAACAACACUGUGCCGAACAACAUAUGCCAAUAUGCAUUCGUUGCCCAGAAAGGCUGGUACAAUUUUAAUAAAACAGACCUUGUCGGUAGCAAUUUUGCCAAAAAAUGUGGCGAGGGCAUGGUCGUCCCGCUUGUUCUUGACUGGGCUAUUAGGAACGGAAAUUGUCCGUCGCCACCAGACGAUGGCAACAACUAUGGAGCCUGCAUUAGUGCCCACAGCCGCUGCGUUAAUGCCAGCAAUGGCCCAGGAUAUUUUUGUCGAUGCAAUGAUGGAUAUGACGGUACUCCCUACGAAGAAAACGGCUGCACAAAUAUUAAUGAAUGUAAGCUAUCAAAUUAUUCUUGUCGUGGAGGGACAUGUCAUGACAAAGAAGGUGGUUAUGAGUGUAAAUGCAAUUUUGGUCGAAGAGGUGAUGGUAAAAGUGACCAUGGUUGUGAACGCAUAUUAUCAUCAGCGGCAAUGGCAGUGAUAGGAACCACCGGUGCCAUCUCCAUAUCAACAGUGCUAAUAAUAUUCAUACUCAUGCAUCAUGAGAAGAGAAGGCUUAGGGAUCGUUUCAAAAGAAACGGUGGUCAAUUACUCGAAAGCAUGAAGAUCGAGAUUUUCAGGAAGGAGGAGCUAGACAAAAUAACCAAGAAUUAUAGAACUAUCAUUGGAAGAGGUGCCUUUGGUGAGGUCUACAAGGGAACUACCAGUGAGCACGUGCAAGUCGCAGUCAAACGCUCCAUCGCAAUGAACAAGGAUCGCCAGAAUGACUUCGCGAAUGAGAUUCAAAUCCAAGCACAAAUAAGCCACAAGUAUGUGGUCCAACUCUUGGGAUGUUGCCUAGAGACAGAAGUUCCUAUGUUAGUUUAUGAGUUUGUCCCGAGGGGGAGCCUCUACGAUGUACUCCACGGCAAGAACAACAAUGGACGAAAAGAACCUCUCUCAUUGCAAGCACGCCUCGACAUCGCCAUAUCCUCUGCGGAUGCCCUCGCAUACAUGCAUUCGCAGGCGAGCCAGAAGAUCCUGCAUGGAGACGUGAAGUCCGGCAACAUUCUCCUCGACGAUGAGUUUCUGCCCAAGGUGUCGGACUUUGGGACUUCGAGACUCAUGUCCAUCGAAAAGGAUCACACCGACUGGGUAGUCGGGGAUAGCAGCUACAUAGAUCCCGUAUACAUGAAGACCGGGCUUCUCACGGAGAAGAGCGACGUGUACAGCUUCGGCAUCGUGUUAUUGGAGCUCAUCACCCGGAAGAAGGCUAGGUAUGACGGGAACAGAAGCCUUCCGCUGAACUAUGUCAAGGCUUCCGCGGACGGGUCUACUGUACAGAUGUAUGAUACAGAGAUUUUGUCUAGUGGGGAGGACAUGAAGUGCCUCGGCGAGGUUGGCCUGAUCGCCAUGCAUUGUCUCGAAGCUGAUGUGAAUGACAGACCAACUAUGACUGAAGUCGCGGAGAAAAUCAAAAGGUGCAAGAGCCGGUGGUCGCAAAGCCAUUGGCAUGGGAAGACCAACGAGAUCUAGAACCAUGACGCAUGGCCUUGACUUGAAUUCUGUUGUGUGGUCGGUGGAAUUAUUCUUUUUCUAUCGCUUUGGUGGUCAAACAUUAGU